AUUUCACCAUUUAACAAUUUUCAGAAACCAUUUCUUUCCUUCUUUUUCUUAUUAUGCUUUCUUCUUUUCCUCUGCCUGAGAGAGCUUUUACUAAUAAAAACAACCCAUAAAGCAAAUAUAGCCAUAUUCAUCGUCUUCUUUGUUCUUUGCUCUCAAAGAUAAAGAUAGUUAAAGAAAGAAAGAAAGCAAAAGAUAGAUAGAAAGAGAGUAAGAAAAAAAAAAAAGAAGGAUUUUAGCUUCUUCUCUUCCUUGUAUUUCAAGACUCUUUCUUUUGAACAUGUUUGAUUCCAAAACCAUAAUAAGCUCUUCUUACACACACACACUUGAAGUUUCUCAUAUUCCCCUCACUUUUCUUCCCUUUUUCCAAGAGUUUAAAAAACCCUUUGGUCUUUGUUAAACCAAACAUAUUCCAACAUGAUCCCCUUAACCUUAACUGUUUUCACUCUGUUUUCUGUUCUGUUUUCCUCUGUUUCUGCUUCAUCCUUGCUCAGUGAUUUCCAUGCUCUAGUCACACUUAGACAAGGAUUUCAAUUCCCAAACCCAGUUAUAAACACAUGGAACACAUCAAAUUUCAGCUCAGUUUGUUCAUGGGUUGGAAUUCAAUGCCACCAGGGUCGAGUCGUGUCGUUGGACCUAACAGAUUUGAAUCUGUUUGGCUCUGUUUCACCUUCAAUUUCAUCACUUGAUAGACUCUCACACCUUUCCCUUGCAGGCAACAACUUCACCGGCACCAUUCACAUAACAAACUUAACCAACCUUCAAUUUCUAAACAUCUCCAAUAACCAGUUCAGUGGCCACAUGGAUUGGAACUACUCAACCAUGGAAAACUUACAAGUUGUGGAUGUCUAUAACAAUAACUUCACUUCCUUGCUCCCAUUGGGAAUUCUUAGUUUGAAGAACAAGCUCAAACACUUGGAUCUAGGUGGUAACUUUUUCUUUGGUGAAAUCCCAAAAAGUUAUGGAAAAUUAGUUUCUCUUGAGUAUCUUUCACUAGCUGGAAAUGAUAUUAGUGGUAAAAUCCCUGGCGAGUUGGGGAAUCUAAGUAACUUGAGAGAGAUUUACUUGGGCUAUUACAAUACCUAUGAAGGUGGAAUUCCAAUGGAGUUUGGAAGGUUAACAAAAUUGGUUCACAUGGAUAUUUCAAGCUGUGAUUUGGAUGGUUCAAUACCAAGAGAGUUAGGUAACUUGAAAGAGCUAAACACACUUUACUUGCAUAUAAACCAGCUUUCAGGUUCAAUACCAAAACAACUUGGUAACUUGACAAACUUGCUCUACCUUGACCUUUCAAGCAAUGCACUCACAGGUGAAAUCCCAAUUGAGUUCAUCAACCUCAACCGCCUCACACUUCUCAAUCUUUUCUUGAACAGGUUACAUGGUUCUAUACCUGACUACAUUGCUGAUUUUCCUGAUUUAGACACACUUGGCCUUUGGAUGAACAAUUUCACAGGUGAAAUUCCAUACAAACUUGGUCUCAAUGGGAAGCUUCAAAUACUUGAUUUAUCUUCCAAUAAGCUCACUGGUAUCAUUCCACCACAUCUUUGUUCCUCAAGCCAGCUUAAAAUUUUGAUUCUGCUCAAUAAUUUUCUCUUUGGACCCAUACCUCAAGGGUUGGGAACAUGUUACAGUCUCACUAGAGUGAGGUUAGGAGAGAAUUACCUUAAUGGUAGCAUUCCAAAUGGUUUUCUUUACCUUCCUAAGCUAAAUUUAGCAGAGUUGAAAAACAAUUACUUGUCAGGAACAUUGUCCGAAAAUGGUAAUAGUUCUUCUAAGCCUGUUAGUUUAGAACAACUUGAUUUGUCAAACAAUGCGUUGUCUGGUCCUUUACCAUACUCACUCUCAAACUUCACUUCCCUUCAAAUCCUUUUGCUUAGUGGAAACCAAUUCUCAGGUCCAAUUCCACCUUCCAUUGGAGGACUAAAUCAAGUGCUUAAACUCGACCUUACCAGAAACUCAUUAUCAGGUGAUAUUCCACCCGAAAUUGGUUACUGUGUUCAUCUUACAUACCUUGACAUGAGCCAGAACAAUCUCUCUGGCUCAAUUCCACCAUUGAUUUCCAAUAUCCGUAUUUUGAAUUACUUGAAUUUGUCUAGAAACCAUUUGAACCAAAGCAUACCAAGAUCAAUAGGAACAAUGAAAAGUCUCACAGUUGCGGAUUUCUCCUUCAACGAAUUCUCCGGUAAAUUGCCAGAGUCAGGUCAAUUUUCAUUCUUUAACGCUACGUCGUUCGCGGGGAAUCCUAAACUAUGUGGCUCUCUAUUGAACAAUCCAUGUAAAUUGACAAGAAUGAAAUCCACACCAGGAAAAAAUAAUUCAGAUUUCAAGCUGAUAUUCGCGCUUGGCCUAUUGAUGUGUUCGUUAGUGUUUGCUGUUGCAGCCAUUAUUAAGGCUAAGUCAUUCAAAAAGAAAGGCCCUGGUUCUUGGAAGAUGACUGCUUUUAAAAAGCUCGAAUUCACGGUUUCAGACAUCCUUGAAUGCGUGAAAGACGGUAAUGUUAUUGGAAGAGGAGGUGCAGGGAUUGUUUACCAUGGGAAAAUGCCAAAUGGGAUGGAAAUAGCAGUGAAGAAGCUACUUGGAUUUGGUGCAAAUAACCAUGAUCAUGGUUUUAGAGCUGAAAUUCAAACACUUGGAAACAUAAGGCACAGAAACAUAGUAAGGCUACUUGCAUUCUGUUCAAACAAAGAAACAAAUCUGCUCGUGUACGAAUACAUGAGAAAUGGAAGCUUAGGUGAGACAUUGCAUGGGAAAAAAGGUGCAUUCUUGAGUUGGAACUUUAGGUACAAAAUUUCAAUUGAUUCGGCGAAAGGACUCUGCUACCUUCACCAUGAUUGUUCUCCUUUGAUCCUUCAUAGAGACGUGAAAUCAAACAACAUUUUGUUGAGUUCAAAUUUCGAAGCACAUGUCGCUGAUUUCGGGCUGGCAAAGUUCUUGGUGGAUGGUGCAGCAGCAGAGUGCAUGUCUUCAAUUGCAGGCUCGUAUGGCUACAUUGCACCAGAAUAUGCUUAUACAUUGAGGGUAGAUGAAAAGAGUGAUGUUUAUAGUUUUGGAGUUGUUCUACUAGAGCUUCUAACGGGGAGGAAACCAGUGGGGGAUUUUGGAGAAGGUGUGGAUCUUGUACAAUGGUGCAAAAAAGCAACAAAUGGACGAAGAGAAGAGGUAGUAAACAUAAUUGAUUCAAGACUCAUGGUAGUGCCAAAAGAAGAAGCCAUGCACAUGUUCUUCAUUGCCAUGUUAUGCUUAGAAGAAAACAGUGUUCAAAGACCAACCAUGAGGGAAGUUGUUCAGAUGCUUUCUGAAUUUCCAAGACAAUCUACUUCUUCUUCUUCUUCUUCUUCUUCUUCUUCUUCUAGUAAUUCUUCUAGUAAUCCACCAAUCAAAAAGUUAAUUCAGAAUCAUAAAUUACCUUGUCCUCCUACUUUUAAACAAGACCUUUUGGUUUAAUUUAAAUGCAAAUUUCAUUUUUCUUUUUCCA